AAAGGACGGCGAAUAAUUAACAUAUGAAGUUUAUUCCACAAGCAUAAAUUAACUAAAAGGUCUGAUUAAAUUUAUAUCUAAAUCAAAAUGGAUGAAAACAUUCAUAACAAUGUAGCGGUCUUAGCUAUUCUCGAUAGUCAACCUAAUUUGUACAAACCAAAUAUGCCAGUUCCAACAUACAAUCACAAUCAAAACAUUAGCCAACAAGAAGAAUCGGAUGUAAAUGAAAUGAAUAAGCAAAAUAUCAUUUGGACAAAAAAUUCUACAAUAAUGUUACUAAAUUUAUACGAAACUAAAAUACAUAUGUUGGAUAAUCCUAAGAAGAAAUCAAAGAUGUGGAUAUCUAUUGCAGAAGAAUUAAAAUCAUUAAACGUAGAGGUAACUGCAGAUCAGGUCAGAUGGAAAAUAAAUGCACUCACAAAAAAAUAUAAAGACUGCAUUGACAAUGGACAAGGAGCAGUAUCUUUUAAGUAUUUUAAUGAGAUGCACCAAAUAUUAGGCCGCUACAACGAUAAUGGUGGAAAUUAUAGAUUGGCUUCUGGUGUUAUACAAGAAGACGCAGAGAAAAGUAAAGACCGAAAGAACUUAAUGAAAACAACAACUCCUUUUAGAAAAUUAAGGGCAGAACGUAGAGCUAAAGUAGAAUUAGAUAAACAGUGGAUAGAAUACAUUAAAAGACAAGAGGAACAAAAACAAAUAAGAGAUGAAAGGUAUGAGAGGAGUUUGAGAUUAAAAGAAGAGGAACUACAAUUGAGAAGAAAAGAAUUAGAACUGAAACAAUCCAUAGCUUUAAGAAAGUUACAACUAAGAGAAAACAAACAAGAAGAACUUCUUAAAAUAGAACGAGAGAAAUGUGCUUUGUUAAGGAAACUAGUGGCAGAACAUGAAAUUUUGAGACAGUAAAUUUGUUGUUCUUGGGUAAAUUGGCUAUUACUAGGAAAAGCCAAGAAAAAUCCAUUUUUGAAGCAAAAUUAGUAAAACAAACUAUCUUUAUAAAAAACAAAGCUGUUAAUCUAAUACAAUUUAUACACGCCAUUUUAAGAAAUUCAUACUUCAUGAAUCUACUAAUUGAAGUAAAGGCAUCUCUGAUGCUUAUUGUUUCACACAAGAUCAGUUGGACCUCUGUCACCGCCUAGCUUUAAACCCUACAAUAUUGGACGCAGUACAAUUAAUUGAAAAAAAAUGCUACAAAAGAAAUUACUGGCUUGAUAAUCUGAUUUCAAGUCAAGGGUCCCUUCAGAAACAAAGUGUAACCUUUUCUAGAAUAGCAGGAUUAAUGGUGGCCUAAAGAGCCUUCCAGUUUCAUCAGGACAGGUCAAGUCGAAUGUGUUUUAUUAAUAACCAAGAAUUAUAAUAUUUGUUAAUUGUUAAAAAGUACAUUUAUUUAAAUGAUCGCUCAAUAAGAUAAAAUUAUGGAUCACACAAAUAGUAGAUCCCGGUCAUAGCUUACUGUGGCCAUGUCUAAUUCCUUGAAACUACUUACACACAACCUGUUGUACAUUGCUCAUACUGUACUGCGAUUAAAUUAUGAAGCUCCCUAAAA